AGGCGCGUGACCCGGAAACGGAGGGCGAAGGGAAUUUUGCCGGAGAUCAAGAUGGCGGAGGAGCAGCAGGAAACAACACAGGCAGAGAUGGAAGGGGUGAACUGCCUUGCGUACGAUGAGGCCAUAAUGGCUCAGCAGGACCGAAUCCAGCAGGAGAUAGCCACCAGCAUCCCUUUAGUGUCAGACAGACAGGACCUCUCUGUUCUGAAGAGGGAGUAUGCCGAGGAUGAUACUGUGUAUCAGCUGAAGAUAAAGGAUCUGCACAAAAAGUACUCGUAUAUCCGGAAAACGCGGCCAGAUGGGAACUGUUUCUACAGAGCCUUCGGCUUCUCGCAUUUGGAGUCGCUUCUGGAUGACAGCAAGGAGCUGCAGAGGUUCAAGGCUGUAGCAGCAAAGAGCAAACUGGACCUGGUGAAUCAAGGGUUCACGGAGUUUACCAUCGAGGAUUUCCACAACACAUUCAUGGACCUGAUUGAUCUGUGUGAGAAGCAGCCAUCUUUGGUGGAUUUGCUGGCCUCGUUCAAUGACCAGAGCGUGUCGGAUUACGUGGUGGUUUACCUGCGGCUCCUCACCUCCGGGUUCCUGCAGCGUGAGCACACCUUUUUCCAGCAUUUCAUCGAAGGCGGCCGCUCUGUGAAAGAGUUCUGUCAGCAGGAGGUGGAGCCGAUGUCCAAAGAGAGCGAUCACAUCCACAUCAUCGCUCUGGCCCAGGCGCUGAACGUCUCCAUCCUAGUGGAAUACAUGGACAGGGGAGAGGGGGGCACGGUGAACCAUCACGUCUUUCCCGAAGGCAGUGAGCCUCGCAUCUUCCUGCUCUACCGACCGGGCCACUACGACAUUCUGUACAAAUAGCAGAUCGGGUUACCUGCUCUGCGGGCGGAAGUGAAACGGCCGUGAGGAAAACAUGCAUCUACAUGUACAAAAGAAUGACGGUAUGAUAUCUACGAAGAACACGGUAUACAGUGGCCAGACCUACGUUACCCCAUUCACAAAAACUGAAAUGAUAAAAUGUUUAAAUAUAGCAGUGAAUCCAGGCGUUUAUAGAGUUGUACAGUUUUCUUUUUUUGUGGUUGUAAAUGGUAUUGACUUGCCUUUUUGUUAGUGUUUCCUUUGUUACACUGUUUCAUGUGUUUUAUUAAAAGGAUUUCAAUCUUA